AUGCAACCUUCAAGUCCAUUUUUCAAUACUAAUCCUAAUUUGUUCUUCAACAACUACACUACAUUCUUAACGAAUCACCCUUCAGAUUUCAAUCCUCUUCCUAUGAACCACGAUAAUAAUCACUCCUCAAACAUGUUUAAUUUCUCCUCAAAUGAAUCGAUUGAGAUCAUUCAAGAUUCCGGGACUCUCUUAGGCAAUGAUAAUCAGAUCGGUCCAUCACUCAAUUGGUUCUUCACUUUUCCAAUUGAAGGCGUGGAGAUAGAUCAAUAUCAUGAAUUGAGUAUGGUUCAAUUAGCAAAGGCUUAUGGAGAUGCUAUGAAGAAUGAACAAUUAGAGCUUUCUAAUGUCAUUAUGAACCGGGCAAAGGAGAAAGUAGUUAGUCCGGUUGGUGGAACCACCAUGGACCGGUUGUUGUAUUACCUUUUUCGUCCUUUGAUGAGCACAAAUGGAAAAAACUAUCUUUGGCUAGAAUCUAUGAAGAAUUUCCAUGCAGCUUUCAAGACAUUCUAUCAAAAUUUUCCUUAUGGAAAGAUUGCUCAUUUAACCGCUAACAGAACAAUUCUCGAAACCAUUACUCAUGAUUUGGAGGUUGUACAUAUUGUCGAUUUCAAUGUCGGAUCUGGAAUCCAAUGGCCCACGUUACUCGAAACCAUUGGAUAUCGAACAAGGCACGUUAAGUUGACAAUGAUCAAAUGGGACGACGAAUAUUCUGAUCAAGAUGGUGGUUAUUGGCAAUGGGAUCUGGAGGAGACUAAGAUAUUGCUAAAAGACCAUGCUAAAAUGUUUGGUUUAAAUUUGGAAGUGACUAUCAUGAAUCUAAAUGAUUUGAUGAUUAUGAUAGAAGGAAGUAGUAAAGUAGAAUGGCUGGUAUUUAAUUGUAUGGUUGGACUUCCACAUAUGGGGAAGAAGGCUAUGAAUAGCAAUUAUAAGGCUACUGGAUUUCUAAGUGUGGCCAAAUUAUUGCUAGCACGUAAUGAAGGUAUUGUUAUUUAUGGCGAUAUAGCUGCUUGCGACGAUCAAACGGAAGAUUCAUUGUUAUUUGAUAAACAUAUAACUUGUUAUCAAUCGAUGUUGGAAUCAAUUGAGUGGAAUUUCCCUUUACAUCUUGGUGAAGCUCGAACUGCAUUGGAAUGCCUCUUUGUGGCGCCUUUGAUAUCGUCGUUUUCAUUCAAGCGUGAAUUGGAUAGAUGUAAUGUCGGAGUAAAGAAUGGUUUGGAGGGUUGGAGAAUAAGCGAAGAUUGUGUUAUGGAAUCCAUGGAAAUUUUGUCAGUUUGUGGGGGUUUAUAUGGGUUGGAUAUCCAUGGAGAAAAUUGUAAUGAGAUGAGAUUGAGAUGGAAAGAUGUUCCACUUGUGACUGUUUCUUGCUGGAAAUUAUACAAAUCAACAAAUUCAAUAUCAAAGAUGUCAUCUUUACAACAAGAGAAGAUGGGUUUUUCCUAG